GCACACUUCCCAGGAGGAAAGAACGAAGCACUCGUCUGUGUAUUCCCUGGGACAGAGCAGCCAGCCCAGGGAUUCAGCCGGGGCACCACACUCCUGCUGGAAGUCACCUGGACGGGACUGGAGAGGAAGUGCUGGCCAGGGCUGUCCAGCCACCAUGAGCUCCUUGCUGGUCAGUGCUUUGACCUACAGAUGCCUGGGGAGAUGAAUGACUGUGGGCCACUCGGUUGAGAAACCAAUGGACCUAUUUCCAUGGAGACCCUAGAAUCCACAGGUCUGGAAAAGUCCCCUAAGGAAUCAAUGAGCGGUUCACAGAAACCUGACAGUAAACUGGCCAAGAUGAGACCUGAGUUACUCUCAGAAAAUGAGGACCCCCCCGAUGUGGGGCAGGAGGCCCAGGACAAAGAACCCCGCCGCCACCUCUCCAUCCAGAGAAACUCCAUCUUUAACCGUGCCAUGAGGCACAAAAGCAGAGGCAAGGACCCCCGCACCCGGGACAUCGGCCACCUGGCAGAGUCACAGGAACACGAGAAAUCUGCCCAGGAGCCCCCGGCCUUGAGAUGCCCCCAGGAUCCCUGCAGCACGCCAACGCAGAUGCGCCCAGGAAUGCUGAGACCCAGCGAGUCGUCCUCCACGCCUGGCAAUGGGACCACACCCGAGGAGUGCCCGGCCCUGGCCGACAGCCCCACCACGCUCACCGAGGCCCUGCAGAGGAUCCACCCCAUCCCUGCCGAUUCCUGGAGAAACCUAAUCGAGCAAAUAGGGCUCCUGUAUCAGGAAUACCGGGACAAGUCGACCCUGCAGGAAAUCGAAACCCGGAGGCAGCAGGAUGCAGAGAUACAAGGCAAUGCUGACGGCUCCCCGGCCAGUGAGGGCACCCCCGAGGAGGAAGAGGAGGAGGAAGAGGAGGACGAGGAGCCCGCCAGCCCGCCCGAGAGGAGGACCCUGCCCCAGAUCUGCCUGCUCAGUAACCCCCACUCACGGUUCAACCUGUGGCAGGACCUGCCCGAGAUCCGGAGUAGCGGCGUGCUGGAGAUGCUGCAGCCAGAGGAGAUCAAACUGCAGGAGGCCAUGUUCGAGCUGGUUACCUCCGAGGCCUCCUACUACAAAAGCCUGAACCUGCUGGUCUCCCACUUCAUGGAGAACGAGCGACUGAAGAAGAUCCUGCACCCCUCUGAGGCGCACAUCCUCUUCUCCAAUGUGCUGGACGUCAUGGCCGUCAGCGAGCGGUUCCUCCUGGAACUAGAGCACCGUAUGGAGGAGAGCAUCGUGCUGUCGGAUGUGUGUGACAUUGUGCACCGCUAUGCCGCCGACCCCUUCUCUGUCUACAUAACCUACGUCAGCAACCAAACCUACCAGGAGAGAACCUACAAGCAGCUGCUGCAGGAGAAGGCCGCGUUCCGGGAGCUGAUAGCGCAGCUGGAGCUGGACCCCAAGUGCAAGGGGCUGCCCUUCUCCUCCUUCCUCAUCCUGCCCUUCCAAAGGAUCACGCGCCUCAAGCUGCUGGUCCAGAAUAUCCUGAAGCGGGUGGAGGAGCGCUCAGAGAGGGAGUCCACAGCCCUGGACGCCCACAGGGAACUGGAGCUGGUGGUGAAGGCGUGUAAUGAGGGUGUCCGGAAGAUGAGCCGCACGGAGCAGAUGAUCAGCAUCCAGAAGAAGAUGGAGUUCAAGAUCAAGUCCGUGCCCAUCAUCUCACACUCGCGCUGGCUGCUGAAGCAGGGGGAGCUGCAGCAGAUGUCAGGCCCCAAGACCUCCCGCACCCUGCGGACCAAGAAGCUCUUCCAAGAAAUUUACCUCUUCCUCUUCAACGACCUGCUGGUCAUCUGCCGGCAGAUCCCAGGAGACAAGUACCAGGUAUUUGAUUCGGCCCCGCGAGGCCUGCUGCGGGUGGAGGAGCUGGAAGACCAGGGCCAGACGCUAGCCAACGUGUUCAUCCUGCGGCUGCUGGAGAAUGCCGACGACCGUGAGGCCACCUACAUGCUGAAGGCAUCUUCCCAGAGCGAGAUGAAGCGCUGGAUGACCUCCCUGGCCCCCAACAGGAGGACCAAGUUCGUCUCCUUCACGUCACGGCUGCUGGACUGCCCGCAGGUCCAGUGUGUGCACCCGUACAUGGCCCAGCAGCCGGACGAGCUGACGCUGGAUCUGGCUGACAUCCUAAACGUCCUGGACAAGACGGAAGACGGGUGGAUCUUUGGUGAGCGUCUGCACGACCAGGAGAGAGGCUGGUUCCCCAGCUCCAUGACUGAGGAGAUUCUGAACCCCAAGAUCCGCUCCCAGAACCUCAAGGAGUGCUUCCGAGUUCACAAGAUGGACGACCCCCAGCGCAGCCAGAAUAAGGACCGCAGGAAGCUGGGCAGCCGGAACCGGCAAUGACUGCAGGCGGGGCCCCGGGCACCAGCACAGCAGAGGGAGGUGGGCAGGCAGGGGCUGGCCCUGACCCUAAUGGACAAAGGACAGAGGGCCCUGGGGAUGCAUGGGCCACACCCCACCCCCACCUGGCCCCAGGCAGCAGAGGGCAGCUUGGGUUGAGACCCUCAGACUGGGGGCAUGGCGUCAGCAGUGUCACACCACCUCUGUAGGAGGGAGACGGGCAGGUGGGAAGGGAGGCUGGCUACGGGCCCUUGCACGUUUCCCUGUCUACCAUGGCAGCACCUGCCUACCUGAGCUCGACCAGUUGCCUCUGUUCUCCUGCUCGCUGCUCCUCCUCCUCCUCCUUCUCACAGAACUGGGACCAGCCAUGCCUCCUCCCACCCCUGUCCACGCUCCUCCCGCUGCCCCGCCCGGGCUCCUCCAGGUGCUGGUCCCUUAGGGAGCCCAGGUGUCUUAUGGGAAUGACUUGGUCACUGCAUCUUGUAUUGGUUAUGGUUCUGAGAAAAAGCAAACACCAUUUUUUGGCUGCAUUAAAAGCAUCCUCACAUAUAAAACAGAGCUGCUUUGGUUCUGAGCAAGCUAGCCAGCACAGCACCGCCUUGCAGACCCUGGUAGGGGGCUUCACCUGCAGGACCCCAGGCUCAGAUGGGGAGGGAGUGGGGCACCCUGUGUCAGAGGCACCAAGGUCUCGUGGACGGCGCUCCCACAGGCAGUGACCUCCUCUGGGCCAGAUGCCAGC